UUAAAUUUGUAUAGAGGUUGAUGCUUUAAAACAAAAAAAAACAAUAAACGUUGCCAUUUGCCAAUCAAUAAUUAUAUAAUUUUAUAUUGUAAACCAUUGUAAACAUUAUUUAAAAAAAAACGGGGAUAAUUGUAAAUACUACUUUUUGGGUAAACAAUUAACAAUUUAGUGCACUAAAUCACAUAAAAAAUUGUAGUCUGCCGGAGACAGACUAUCACAUUUUAACCAUUCCCUUUUAUUACUUAUGCUUGCAAGUUUAGACUGCAAGCAUAAAAAAAUGGAGAAGUAGCACGCAAUGACCAUAUUUGAGUGUUACACUUAAAAUAUAGAGCAAGGUUCGCAAACUGCAACACUUGCAGAAGUUACCUUGCCACAUCUAUUUACACAGUUCUAAAAGAGGUUGCGGAAGGCAACUUCUGCAAGUUUUAUUGCUAGUGUACAUCUCGCUGAUAGAUCCCAGGUGGCCGUGCCCUAAUGGUUUGUUAGGAAGUGGGAAAUCAUCAUCAGCCUAUCAAUGUAUGGAAUAGGGAGAUGGAGCUAUGACCCACCACGCAGCCCCAGUGCGGAUUUGUAGGUGCUCACAGCAGCAGAUGCAGCAGGGACCAAUGGCGUAACGAGCGUUCUGAAGCACAGAGGAGCACGAGAUAAUAAGUUGUUGGUAGCCAACCAAUGACCAACCAUUGUGAAGGUUGCUUAACAUCUACGAUCGCAAGCCGAAUGUGCAGACCACCUGCGCUACCGAGCUCCUCCAGGCAGGCAGUGGGACAAAAUCAAACAGUUGUAGUAAUUAGUACAUAAUUAAACAAAACAGCUCGAUGGUGGUCUGAUCGCUCGUUCUACGAUUGUGGAUCUUUUGAGCUUGUCUUGGAUGGGUGACUAGAAACUUAUUAUUUCGAACUUCCCUAUGCUUCGGAAGGCCGUCAGUUCUGGUAGUUAGCACCAAUAAAAACUGAAUUACGUAAUGGUUUAGGGUCUUGAAACAAAGAUUAUGUCCAUAAGGAUUAGUUAAAGUUUGUGCUCCAGCAGCAGCGGCUACUAAUGAUUGAAAGAGAUUGAAACAUGAAUGAAAGAAAGAGAUAAGAUGAGGAAUUCCCAUACUUUCAUCCUUUAAUCAAAAGACCCAUUCAAAAGCUCUUUGAUUCGCUACCAUUAUUAAUAGCUAAUUUCCUCUUAAGAUUCAGAUAAAAGAUGCGUUAUUAUGUAGAGUGGGUAGUGAGAUUCAUCCUCCCCUUUCCGGCAUCGCCACACAGGACAUCGUGUUCAACGACUGAUGACUCCUGAAAUUGCUUGUGCGGAUGAUUUGAUUGGCUUGGAUGAUUAACUUGCGAAUCCGCGCGUGUGGGAGCGUGACGACGACGUCGCGGCGCGUUCGUUAGCGAUCACUGUGGAUUGGAAUCCUGGAUUUUGGCACCGAAAAUAGUCGGGCGGGCGCGCGGCGCGCCAUCGAGGGCGGCGGCGCAGUGCGAGACGCUCCGCCGAGUGAACAGCCCGCUCGUGAGGCCAGUAACUGGCGUAUUUUUCAACCGGACCGUAGAAACAAACAACCGCCACCAUGGACGCGAUCAAGAAGAAGAUGCAGGCGAUGAAGCUGGAGAAGGACAAUGCCAUGGACAAGGCAGAUACCUGCGAACAGCAGGCCAGAGACGCCAACCUCCGCGCCGAGAAGGUAAACGAGGAAGUCCGUGAACUCCAGAAGAAGCUCGCACAAGUGGAGGAGGAUCUCGUCGUGAACAAGAACAAGCUGGAGCAAGCCAACAAAGACUUGGAGGAGAAGGAGAAGACGCUGACCGCCACCGAGGCGGAGGUGGCCGCCCUCAACAGGAAGGUGCAGCAGAUUGAGGAGGACCUCGAGAAGUCCGAGGAGAGGUCUGGCACCGCCCAGCAAAAACUGCUCGAGGCCCAGCAGUCCGCUGAUGAGAACAACCGUAUGUGCAAAGUACUGGAGAACAGGGCGCAGCAGGAUGAGGAGCGCAUGGACCAGCUCACCAACCAGCUGAAGGAGGCCCGUUUGCUCGCUGAGGACGCUGAUGGCAAAUCCGAUGAGGUUUCACGCAAGCUGGCCUUUGUUGAAGACGAGCUCGAAGUAGCUGAGGACCGUGUCAAGUCUGGUGACGCCAAAAUCUCAGAACUUGAGGAGGAAUUAAAGGUCGUAGGUAACUCCUUAAAAUCCCUGGAAGUGUCCGAGGAGAAGGCAAACCAGCGCGUGGAGGAGUUCAAGAAACAGCUGAAGACCCUCACCAGCAAGCUGAAGGAGGCGGAGGCGCGUGCCGAGUUCGCAGAGAAGACCGUCAAGAAACUGCAAAAGGAAGUCGACAGGCUCGAAGAUGAGUUGGGCAUCAACAAGGACCGGUACAAGAGCUUGGCCGACGAGAUGGACUCCACCUUCGCCGAGUUGGCUGGAUACUAGAUAUCGCACUCCACACAAUACUCAACACACAAACAAACAAACACACAUACAUACAUUCUGGCGCGACCACCACCGCGCCCCAGUCACAUAUACAUACACUCACACACAAGUUCGUACGUGAUGUAAUAAUAUUUAUUAAUAUUUUAUGUAAAUUUAUUUACGAUUUUCAAUAAAAUUAAUUUAUAACUGUUG